AUGGCAGAUAUCCCAGUUCCCGGCACCGUGCAGCUGGUCGAUGUCACGGGCACAUCGACAUUGCAACAUGGAAAAAGCGAACAUGACAUUAUUCUCGUUCCCCAGCCGACGAAUGACCCUAAUGAUCCUCUCAAUUGGUCGCCGAUGCGAAAGCUCAACAGCAGUGUAUGGCAACAGAUCUGGACCUUCUUCGCCGCCAUGGUCAUCAACGGACUUACACCUGCAUACCUCCUGAUCCAAGAGGAGACUGGAAUUCCGAUUGGUGAUCUGAACACUGGGAAUGGCUUGAUGUAUCUCUUCUUUGGGUUUGGAACACUCCUUACACAACCCUUUGCACUAAACUUUGGCCGUCGCCCUGCUGCUGUUAUUUCAUUCUUCAUCACCUGCUUCCUGGUACUUUGGGCCUCCUUCAUGAACACAGUUGCCGAGUGGUAUGCAAAUCGUAUCCUGAUUGGCAUCUUCUUUUCAACUAUCGAAUCUCUUAUCGAACUCUGCGUUACCGACACCAAGUUUACGCACGAACGAGGCUUCCAUAUGGGCUUUUACACCUGGUCUCUGUUUGGCGGUGCAUUUUUGGCUCCAAUCCCUGCUGGCUUCUUGGCAGAUGCCUUUGGAUGGCGUUGGAUCAACAGAAUGUACUUUAUCGUGGCUAUUGUGGUCACUGUCGGCAUCUUCUUUGGUUUCGAAGAGACCAUGUUCUAUCGCCACGACACCGUCAACGAGUUCCGAGAUGCUCAGGCGCACGGCAUCACCACGACUUCUCCAGAAGAAAGCACCAAGAAAGAGGCCGAUAAUACAACGCCCAGCCAGUCUGAAACAAACAUGGGCGAGACUUACGUUAAGCGCAGUUACGUCGAACGACUCAAGCUCUGGGGCCACCGAGACCCUCAACAGCCCAACAAUUUCUUCAAAUUCAUGUUUAUUCCCAUCUAUCUACUCAGAUACCCCAGCAUUGUGUUCUCUGGUCUACUUGUGGGCAGUGUUCUAGCCUGGUACAAUGUGCUCCUGGGUACCAUGACCUCCGUAUUCGGCGGCGCUCCGUAUCAUUUCAGCGCAAACAUGAUCGGCCUCACCUACCUUGCUUGCGUGAUCGGCACCAGUCUGGGCUGCUUCAUUGCUGGAUGGUUGAAUGACAACCUCGCCACUUGGGCAGCGCGCAGAAACAACGGUGUCAAGGAGCCCGAGGCUCGUCUCUGGGCUGCUCUUGUUCCUUUGAUACUUCACCCAGCUGGGUGUAUUCUCUAUGGCGUUGGUGCCGCGAAUGAGAUUCACUGGAUUGGGUUGUGUGUUGGUAUUGUGCUGGUAACUUUAUCUAUUGUUAUGGGUGCCACACUUGCUCUCAGUUAUACUAUUAAUUGCUAUAAGGAGCUCGCAGGUGAGGUUAUUAUUACUGUUAUUCUAAUUUAA